AUGGCGCGAACGAGAAAGAGAAAGGCUAUCGAAGCUCUCCAGGACGAGCCACGACAGACAACGGAAACUCAAAGCUCCGAGGACACACUGAGUCCCGAGAACGAACAGCUGCGAGCGGAAAUCAAGCUCUUGAAGGACACAUUGACAGACCUUCGCAACUCCAUCGAGACCAAGGACAUGCUGAUCAAAGAGCUCCAACAGUCGAGGGACGCGCUCGAAAAGCUGUUCAGCACGGUUGAUAUAGAAAAUGAGCGAUUGCGGGAGAGUCGAUCCAAGGAAAAGACUCCUGAAGAUACCAGAUCUCGGAACGAACGGCUGCAAAGUCAAAUGUUUGACGUGUUUCUACCCAAACACUAG